AUGCGAGGUGACAAUAUGAAAGAGUAUGGGACACUUAUGUUUUUAUCAUUGGCGGGAGUGAUAUUGUUGGUUUUCACUGGCGAGUCGAAAGCCAAAACCUGUAUGGUGAGAAGGGAGGAGGUGGAAGGAGUGAUGGAGGCUGUGAUAGAAAAUGGUGAUCACUUCGUGAGUAGACGUCACAAAUGGAUGAUAUGCAACGUCACUAAUAGGGUGGGAGAAGCAAAUAAAGUGUUUUGGAUGUGCGACGCCUCUAUUGAUGGGACACCCACAACUCUCGUUAACAAAUUCAAUUGGAGUAAUGAUGUAAGCAGCGUAACUACCUGUAAAAAGAAGGUGCUGGAAGAGAUCCAAAGAAUUAAGGAUGAGGAGAUACAGCUGAGCAGUAAAAUUGUGGAGCAAGAUAUGAUAAAUAAAAACCUGGAGAUAUUGGGUGCAAAAGCACAGGAGACAAAGCAGGAAUGCCAAGAUCAGAUAGAAAAAAUAACAGAUACUGAUACCAAGAUACAGAACAUCAUAAAUGAAGGUGCUCGAAUGAACUCUCUUAUUGAAAAGGAAAUGACAGAGUGUGAAAAUAUUAAGCGAAAUAUGGAAAAGGAAUACGAUAUUGAACUUGAAAAAAUUGAUGAAGAAAUCAAAAAUGUUAUGAAAGCAAUAGAACUAAAGGAACAGCAACUAGAAGAACUUGGAAUUAAUAAGUGUCCCUCAUGUGACGCUGAAGCUUGCUGGGAUGAUGUGAAAAUAAAGGAAGAGUUGGAUAAACUAUAUGGAAAAGAUGGAUGGACAAAAUCAGGAGGUAAAUGUGGGGUGUCACAUGAAGAUACUGAAGGGAAUCAUUCAAAAUAUAAUGAAAACAUGUAA